AUGUCAAUGUCAACAAUGUCAGAGCCAAAGUCAGAGUCAGUCAUUCAACAAGCUUCAUCACUCAAGGAGAAGGGCAACCAGGAGUACUCCCGUGCAGCUUGGAACGAUGCUUAUACAUCGUACAAAGCCGGUAUCAACUUGUUGUUGCCUCCAGUCGACAAUGCAUCAGCAUCAUCCUCCUCAAAUGGCGACGACAAUCAACAACAACAACGACAACAAAGCGAAGCGUUGUUAACAUUACUUUAUUGUAAUCGUUCAGCUACUUGUCUGCAGAUGGGCCGACAUGCUGAUGGCUUGGAGGAUGCAAUGAGAUCGGCUGCGUCUGAUCCUACAUUCGCUCGUGCAUAUCUACGCGCCGGUGAUUGUUGCAUUGGAAUGAAGAGGUACAAAGAGGCCAAGGAACACUACUUGCAGUGUAUCCUCAAUAUCAAGGUGGAUCCCGAAGACAAGACCAUGACCAAACACAAUCAGUUGUUGACACAGGCCACCAAUGGAUUGAACAACAGCAAGAUGAAGCUGUUCUAUGAUCCCAUCCUGCGUGGCAAUGACGCCCACUACUCCAAACUCGAGCUACGCUACCUCGACAACGUCAAAGAAAAGUCAUUGAUCGCCACCGUCGACAUCAAGAAGGGUGACAUCGUCUUUGUCGACACUCCAUUCGCUCACAUUGCUCAUCCAUUGUGUGUUCAGGUUAACAAGGACAUUCAAUGUUAUCACUGCAUGGGAUGCCUGGAGGGUGAGAAGGUUGCAUGUCGCGGUGGCUGCAAUGCCUUGUUUUGUAGCCUGGAGUGUAGCCAUGCAAGCUGGAACACCUACCACAUCCAGCAAUGUUGUAAGGAGGAUGGCAACAACCCCAUUGCCAAGUAUCGCCAGAUGAUCAAAGGCGCACCAUCUGAGCCUCAGCUGCUGCUGGCCGAGCGCAUCCUGGCGACGAUUAGUCAGAGCUUGAAACAGCGCAAGGCCAAGAAUUGCAACCUGGCAUUUGGCACGGCGCAACAUCUAAAGCGCGGUCCACUCAUGCGUCAACAGGCAAGAUUCAACGGUGACAAUCUGGUCGAGCUACAGGCUCAGUACCAACCUGUGACCAAUCUGCUGAAGGAGGCCUAUGGAGCCAAGGAGUCGGGGGACGCAAUCCAACAUUCAAUGGAUAGUAUAUUACAAGAGGAGCUGGAUAAGUUGCUCAGCAAUGACUUCUUUGAUAACUUACUUGGAUUGAUUAACUUCAACUCGUCGGCAACUGUGGUCAAGAUCCCAGCGUCAUUACAGCCACCUGCUCCAUCAGUGAGCCUAAAGGCGGCCAAGGGCAAGUCAAAAGCCAAGACCGUGGCCGCACCACCAAAGCGUUUGGACAUGUGGGGCGUAGGUCUCUUCCCGAUAUUCUCAUGCAUGAAUCACUCGUGUCUACCAAACAUUGAACUGAGCAAUGAGCGCAUCGAUGGUGUUACAUGUGCAAUGAUGGUGGUUCGCGCCAAGAAGAACAUCAAAGCCGGUCAAGAGAUACUAAACACCUACUGCGAUGAGACAAUGCCGACUCGAGAGCGACAAGAGCAACUCAAGAGUCAAUAUGACUUCCAAUGUAAAUGUAGUAAAUGCAACUAA